AAGAGCUAGAGGAGAGGACUGUUAACCCCCUCAUCUCGGGCAGAAUGAGCUCGUUCCCUGUUGGCUUGCACUGCCUGGAAAGCUUGCACCCUCAGAGAGGCCAGCCUGCCAGAGAACUGCAGGAAUCUGCAACAAAAACGAUGACAGCCUGAAAUACACCCCGGUGCCAACCUCCACAUUUGUCUGUCACCUCAGACCCUGACUAGUUGACAGAGCAGCAGAAUUUCAACUCCAACAGACUCGAAUGUGUUUCUGGGCAGAGAAGCAGAGCUAACGGGUGAAGAGAUUUUUUAAAGAGUAUUGCAUAUUUAUCAAACUUUUAUUUCCUGGCUGUGUGCAAAGAAGGGAUUCAACUCCAAUUUUGUAUCAAGGCUCUGGGUCCAGUCACAUCCCUGAAGUGGCACAGAACUCUGGAGGCUCACUGGAUGGAUACUCUAUGAAGUGGAGGUGAGGCGACAGGUGCAAUCACCAAAUGACUAUAUGAUCACAUUUGAGUCUCAGAACAACCCUAGAAGAUAAAUAGGAGAGGCCUAGAAAACAUGAAGACUGUGCUUUUUUUCCUAUACAUUUUGGGAACUGCAGCUGCAAUCCCGACAAAUGCAAGGUUCCUGUCUGAUCAUUCCAAACCAACUGCUGAUCCCUUGAGUUCCAUCCAACAGGCUGAAAUAUUGGUAACACUUAACAACACUGCAAUCCCCAUGUUAGGGGUUGAAGAUGCAGAAAAUGAAAAGGAAAUUGCAGUGUCUGUAGACCAUCCCAACCAUAAGGCUGAAAAAUCUUCAGUACUAAAGUCAAAGGAGGAAAACCAUGACCAGUCAGCAGAUCAGGACCAGAGUUACAGCCCAGAGCUUGGAUUGCAGGAUGAAGAGGAAAGUGAAAGUGACUUAAGUGAGAAUUUGGAGUAUAUACCAUCUGAAGAUACACUGGACCUAAAAGAAGAUAUGGGUGAGCCUCAAAAGAAAAAACUCCCAGAGAACACUGAUUUCCUUGCUCCUAAUAUUAGUUCCAUCAUAGAUCCUAACCAACAAGAAAGCAUCACAAAAACAGAAAAAGAACAGGAACAACCAAUAAAUGAUUUACAUCCUCAGCUGAACAGGAGCAACGAACAUAGCCAAGAUGUAAGUGAUCAAGGAAACCAAGAGCAGGAUCCAAAUAUUCCCAAUGGAGAAGAGGAAGGGGAAGAAGAGCCAGAUGAAGUUGGUACCCCCAACGAUAACCAAGAAAGGGAGAGAGACUUUCCCAAGGAGCAUUCUAACAGCAAGGAGGAAGAAGACAGUACCCAAUCUGAUGAUGUUUUGGAAGAGUCCUAUCAACCAACUCAAGUAAGCAAGAUGCAGAAAGAUGAAUUUGAGCCGGGUAACCAAGAACAAGAGGAUAGUUCCAAUGCAGAAAUGGAAGACAAAACUGCAUCAAAAAUUAAUAAGCACAAUCAAGAUGCUGAAUGGCAGAGCAAAGAAGAAAAACCAGAAGUUAUCAGCAACCAUGAGGAGAUAGAUAAGAAGUCUGUUUCUGAGGCUCUGUUUGUGGAGCCUACUGAAGCUGGUAACAUCAUGCCCAGAAAUCAUGGAGCUAAUGAUGAUGGCGAUGAUGACCCCCGACACGAUGCAAGUGAUGACUACGAAUUCAUCCCAAGUGAGGACUUCAUAGAGGCUGAAAGAUCUCAGUCCAUUUCCUAUCACCUCAGAUAUGAAGAGGAAAGAGAAAGAGAAAGAGCACGUGAGAAUGGGAAUGUAGAUACCAGUGAACCUGGAGAAUACCAAGGGGCCAAGAAAACAGAGAGCUCACCGAAAGAAGAUGAAAGUUCAUAUGAAGACAACAGAAUGGUGCACGGUAUUGAUUCUUGCAUGAACUUCCAGUGUAAAAGAGGACACAUCUGUAAGGCUGACCAACAGGGAAAACCCCACUGUGUUUGCCAAGAUUCAGUGACUUGUCCUCCUACGAAACUCCUUGACCAAGUUUGUGGCACUGACAAUCAGACCUAUGCUAGCUCCUGUCAUCUGUUUGCUACGAAGUGUAAACUGGAGGGAACCAAAAAAGGGCACCAACUACAGCUGGAUUAUUUUGGAGCCUGCAAAUCUAUUCCUAUUUGUACAGACUUUGAAGUGACUCAGUUUCCCCUAAGGAUGAGAGACUGGCUCAAGAAUAUCCUCAUGCAGCUUUAUGAGCCGAACGCUGAACAUGCUGGAUAUCUAAAUGAGAAGCAGAGAAAUAAAGUCAAGAAAAUUUACCUGGAUGAAAAGAGGCUCUUGGCUGGGGACCAUUCCAUUGACCUUCUCUUAAGGGACUUUAAGAAAAACUACCACAUGUAUGUAUAUCCUGUGCACUGGCAGUUUGGUGAACUUGACCAACAUCCUAUGGACAGAGUCUUGACUCAUUCUGAGCUUGCUCCUUUGCGAGCAUCUCUGGUGCCCAUGGAACACUGCAUAACUCGCUUCUUUGAGGAGUGCGACCCCAACAAGGAUAAGCACAUCACCCUGAAGGAGUGGGGCCAUUGCUUUGGGAUUAAAGAAGAAGACAUAGAUGAAAAUCUCCUGUUUUGAAUUAUGAUUUGAAAGAACUCAUACAUUCCAGCAUCUUCCUGUGUUUCUGACCACUCCUGAAAUUAUAUGCAGCCACAAUACUUGUAGAUUUAUAUUUAGUAAAAUGUUUGCAUGUCUGAGAAGACAAUGAGAGUAAUUGCUUGCUAACAGUUUAUGCUUGCUAACAGUGUAUGCACCAAGCAUUUAACAUUAACUUCGGUAAUAAAAGUUUAAAUAAAGUCAACAUAUGCAAAAUACUGUGUACUAUUUGUGAACAGGAGUUUAACUCAUCACUCUCUGCAUCCAUUUAUGAGAUACUAAUUAUAAAACUUGAAGAAAAUACUACAUUUUGUUCAUAUUAUCAUGUACACUUCAAGAAGAUGGAAUAAUGCUCUUUUGUUGUUAAUGUGUAUUAUUUUCAGUAUCUUAACGUCCUAAUAAAAAUCUAAAUGCUUACUCAA